AUGUUACGAAAUGAAGAAAAAUUUGAUCUAGUAUGCCCAGGUAUACAAGUGAAACGUCACAAAGUCUUUAUGUUACAAUACCUAAUUACUGUCAAGGGAGUGAUUCUGGGCUACAGUGUUUAUGAUAUAUUACAAGGCACUUUAUAUGGUAGAAUACACCUUAGAAGCUCCUUGCCACCGCCACUACCACCAAAGAGAACCUUGCCACCUCCAUGGUUACCUGCAGAAGAUAAUAAUGAUGUAGGCAAUGUGCCACGAAGUAAAUCCUUGCCUCAACCAUUGCCACCAAGAAGACGAGUGCCACUACCACGUUUACCUGCAGAAGAUAUCAACGGCAAUGUGCCAAGAAGUAAAUCCUUGCCUCAACCAUUGCCACCAAGAAGACGAAUGCCACCACCAUGUUUACCUGCAGAAAAUAUCAACGCGGAGCAUACUCAUGAUGACGUGGAUUUCCAUUAUCCUCCCAUGUAUUUCAAGCACAAUAAUCAAGAACUGGUGGAAGAGUAUGAAUAUCAGGAGUACAUUGCUAAGGUCAACUACAAAAAUGAUUAUAGCUACAGUUCCUUGUGGGAUAAGACACCGCCUACAGAUGUACAGCGACAAAACUCCAAAAGGUUUAUUCCCGAUGUACUUACUCGCUUGGAUCACGAAUCGGUCAAUAUUUAUCUUAAUUGUUUGAAAGAUGGCGAAGAAAGAAGCAAUGGGAUUCGUCUGGCAAUUGUAGGACGAAAAAAUACUGGAAAGACAAGCCUUACAAAACGACUUUUAAAGGAAUCAGUUGAAAAUGUGCAGCAAACAAAUGGAAUUGAAAUACAUACACUAAAGUGCAGAGGCAAAGUAAAUGAAGGGGACUGGAUCUUUCAUGAUGGUCGUACGUAUGACAAUGAAAUAAAUUCAAGGCUUUUGAAAUGCUGUAUUGCGAAAAGUAAAGCUAAUCUUUCGCACGAUUCAAACAUGGCAACAGGCUACUUGUCUUCGAAAAGACCAGACGAGAGUGCGUCAGAAAAGCCUGACAACGAAGCACAAGCACAAGAAGUUCCAGUACAAGAUUUUUACAAUCUUUAUGACAUCGUUUAUGCUGAAAUUGACGCUGAAGAUACUGCACCAAUCGCAAUAUGGGAUUUUGCAGGAGACCGAGAACACUUCAAUACACAUCAGACCUUUUUUGGCCAGGAAUCCAUAUAUGUUGUUGUUUUAAAUGUGAUGGACACUAUUAAAAUUGACGACUCAGAAUACGGUCUGGCAUUUUGGCUUGAAACUAUUCGUUGCCAUUGCAAGUUAUCCGUCGACGAGGAAAACAACAAUGAUUAUCAGGAACCACCCGUUAUCAUUGUAGGAACACACAAAGAUCAGUUUAAAGGAAACAACAUUGACUGCAAUGCAAAAUUUAAGCGCCAAGUACAUGAGAUAGUAAGGAAUUCCCAGAUACGAAGAAAUAUACGAAAAAUUUAUGUUAUAUCUAAUACAAAUGAUACAGAUGAUGAAUUCGACAUUUUACGAAGAGACUUAGUUGAAAUUGCAAAAAGCCGAAAACAGUGGAAUAUCAAAACUCCCGCUAGAUGGAUCCACCUCGAAAAGGCCCUUUCUGGUGAAAAUUCAUGCGGAAAACCUGUAGUUGCUAAAUCAGAUAUUGCAGAAAUUGCAAACAACAUUAUACAACCUAUCACAGACGAAGAGGAAUUAGAGCAGUUUCUCACGUAUCAUAAUGGCAUCGGAACAUAUGUUUACUUUUCGGACCUACCCGAAUACGUCGUGUUAGAUCCACAAUGGUUGGCAAGUGCAUUUAAAUGCAUAAUAACAGCCGACCAAUUCCAGAAAGAUUUGGUCCAUCAAACAGAGUGGGAAGAGCUGAGACAGCAUGGACGUCUGAGCGAGAAACUAUUAAAUGAAAUAUUUCUGCGACAGGAGGUAAACAUAAGGAAAUACAGAAUACACUUACUGAAAAUCAUGGAAAAAAUUAACAUUAUUGUUCGGUCAAGAACAAUGUCAAACGCAUGCGAAAUUGACGAAGACACAGACUACUAUGUACCAUGUAUGAUCAAAAAUACAUCACUGAGCAACAUCAACGACAUAUUUUAUUCCUGCGCUUCCAAAUCAUCAUGUCUUUGUGUUGCAUUUGAUUUUCUCCCACCAUCAUUUGCCACGCUGAUUCUAGUUGCCUGUACCCGAUAUUACACCGUUGCCAAAGGUCCACAGACAUCUGAUGGACGACAUCCUGCCUUCUAUAGAGAUUUUGCGAUUUACAAUUUAGAUGCUACCGGUUGCGAAAAGCUUUUCGUUGCUAAUUAUCGGAAUGUUUUGCAGAUGCAAAUAUGGAAAUGGGGAGAACCAGAGAAGCGCUCGUAUCGAGAUGUCAAGGCAAAGUUGAUAGGAAUCAUUGAAGAGAUGAAAGAGAUCCCAGGUCAGCCUAAUUUAUCGUAUGAACUAAAGCUUAAAUGCAAAUUUACAGACUACGAAUGCCUUGAUGGGAUGGUUGAACUGAAAGUCAUCAAACCAAAGAAAGAAUAUUUUUGUGAAGAACAUGGAAACACCCACAGUUCAGAGGAAAUUUUUUUUGAUUGGUUAGGAGAAAUUGAGCAGAAAAUCUUCAGCCGUGAGCAAAUAAAUGCAACAAGAAUGGCCAUCAUCAUUUUAGAAAUUCUGACCAGUGCAUUAUUUGACCUGUUAAUCGCCGAUAGUGGUGGCUUUCUCGUUAAACAAAGAGACGAAUGUGAUAUAACAUAUCUGUAUGCACAGCUUCGAAAACAAAAUAAGCAUGUUCCAAGUCAUAAAUGGGGAGGAAGGUGGUCUGAUAUUCAGAAUUCCGACAUUUUAAUUGGUGACGAUAUUGAACGCAUCAGGUUGUCCAGAAAUGACAUGGCUCACUCAAAGAACUUCUCGUUGGAUGACAACAAAUACUAUGAUCUAUGUGGUAUACUAGAGAGAGUCCUCCAUCGUUUAGAAACCUAUAACGGGAAAGGAAAGCUCUACACAGAUCAAAUGAAAGAUGUGAAAAAGAAAGAGACAAAAUUACAAGACUGGCAAACUUAUCAGAAGAAAAUAACUUACGAAUUUCCACGACUGAAAAUAAAGCCUUCGUUUGAAGUGAAAGUCGGUGGUGGAUGCACACUCGAAUGUAAAACAGUAGUACCGUUGCCCGAUGGUUCGAAGGUGUAUUGGGUUAUGAAGAAAAAUUCCGAAGAAGUAAAGCUGACAGUUGAUGAGACCACAUCAAACAAAUACAAAGGAUCGCAAGUUGAUUACCCAUCUCUUAACAUAUUUUGCGCAACAAAGGAAGACGAAGGACACUAUUCCUGUAGAAUACGGUAUCCAGAGGAGAGCGCUGAAAGCAUGGACGAAAAUAUCACAUGGCCAAAAACAUGUUUACAUGUAAAUAAUUGUAAGUAUUAUGGUAUACUCGUACCAAAAUAG